AUGGCCCCAAAAUCCUCUCCCAUUCCUUCUGGCGUUGUCCCUCCUAUAACGCCGCCGUACGAGUCUGAAGGACCUCCAGCCAAGGAGAAACGAAGGCGGGCCGGAAAGCCCAAGGUUCGGACGGGCUACUGCUGCCAUAGAAUCAGAAGAAUCAAAUGCGACGAACAGAAACCGGCGUGCCAGCGAUGCAUCUCAACAGGUCGAACCUGCGACGGCUACAAGCCUCUUACCAAGCCAAAAGCGACCAGGAAGCCGGGGUUUUCUCAACAGCUUUCAACAUCCUCAUCUGCCAACUCAUCGUCCUCAUCGUUGACACUCUUACGGCCUCUGGUGACCAACUUCAGCGGCGACUUGGUAGAGAGCCAGUACAUCCAGCAGUUUUUGCCUAUGGCGGAGGAUUUGGUGGGGAUCACACAUAUUCACAACACCUUCUUCUGGGGGCAUGUCGUACCAGAAUACUGCUUCACAUCGAAAGCAGUGAGGCAUGCCAUCGUCGCUCUCUCUUCCGCAUAUCACGAUUUUAGGCUUGCCGGAUCCAAUAUUACCAUUUUUGGCCCACCAUCCAACACCGAGCGCUACAUUAUCAGACAGUACAACCUCUCAUUAAACCGAAUGGCCGAAGAGUUGAAUGGACUGCCGAUGAGAAAACGUUAUGGAAUCAUCAUGAUAUGCUGCGUGUCAUUCUUCUAUAUUGAGAUUUUGCGAAAAAACUGGCCAACUGCCAUGAUGCAUCUCGCGAACGGCAUUCGCUUGAUGUCAAAUUUACCUGACGCAGUUCAGGACGUCUUUCGACAUCCGGAGAUAUUCAGUCACGAUCGUGAUAAUUCUCAUGCCAGGGCAACCUAUAUGACCAAGCUACUUCGCCGGUGGGAAGGCUCUGCGGCCUUUAUGAGGAUCAAUUCACCACCGUCACUAUCCCUCCAGGCUUACGAGACCAGGAAAAACAGCGUAGGGGGGGCCAGAGAGUUUACUUCGCUGGAGAAACUACAAGAGCAUGUUGACGAUUUAUUCCAGGAUGUCAAUGCUUUCAGCUGGAUGUGCAGACAGUACCGCGGGGACGACAGUUCAUGGGAUCAUGCCGCAGCUCGGUUUCAAUUCGAUAUCCUACACCAGAGGUGCUACCACAUCCGAGAGCUACUCAAAAAGGCAAACAAACUUUACGGAGACAUGGAGGAUUCCGCGAAUCCGCGCGACUUUUUGAAAUUCAUGGGAUGUUUGCUUCGCCACCGCGGCGCGUCAAUUGCCCUUGAUUUUACUCCAUUGCCUCAGGGCAUGGCGUAUACGCCUCCCGACGAAGAAGAGGACAAAUUUUUGGAAGUCGCCAGCAUCGCGGAGACGAUUAAUCAAGCGUUACAAGCAUCACUGGCGUCUGAGGCACCCGGAUCCUCGCCCUGGUUCAACGUGGACUUUGGGGUCGUUACCACGCUCUAUAUUGCGGCAUCAAAUUGCUACACCGUCUCCAUGAGUGAAAAGCUGUUUAAAAUGAUGAUAAACUGGCCCUGGCGAGAGGACUUGUGGGACGGUGCGGAAUUGAGGCGACAGCUAUAUGACCUCAGGAAACCGAUUGUCGAAGUCCCAACGGCAACAACACCCGACUCAGAAACACCAGUUCCGACGACACCACAUCUCAUAAAAUUAGCGCAUCGGCCACCGUCCCGAGCAGCAGUGACAACGCCAUCAUCUGACGAGGAUUGA